AAAAAAAAAAACAGCAAGUGGUGGGAGCUACAUUAAAAUAUUUUGUUUAAAGUAUUCAAUACCUGAAUGGUCCAUAAAAGUAAUAUUUCAUAGAACGGCAUUGAUGGUGUUCAUAAAACACACAUUGACUGCCAGGUACGGCGAUACACGUCCAAUCUAUUUGACUUGGAGCGGCUUGGAAACAAUCGUGUUUCGGUGCCAGAGACAGCACUGCCAGCCAGUUCCUAUGGAUUGUAUGACGAUUGCCGUCAAUGGCAGUGAAUGAGUUAAAGUCUGUUCCCCCUUAAGCUUACCUCCUUAAAUGAAAAAUCCUUGAACCCUUUCACACAUUUGAUUGAAUACAGUAAUUUCUGAAAUGCCAUUGACAGGAAUAGACGUCCAAUCCAUUUGUACUGUGAGUCAGCUUGGACAUCUGUCCCUGCUAAUGGUUAUAUCAUGUUACUGUGGUAUCUAUACUACCGCAUUUCUCUAAGCAAGCUCACAAAGUGAAUUGGCAGAGCCCAAUUUUUCCAUUUCCGAUUUUAUAUCUUUGCCCAAAAAUAUUAAAGAACUGUGAAUGAAAAAUUAGGUACUUUAUGCACUUAAGUGUAACGUGUAAGGAUUGAUAAUGAUUUAACUUUGCAUAGGGCAUUCAUUUGGAUGGCCCAAAAUGUGAUGUCCAAACAUGUAGGAGCGACUUUAUUAUUUUAUUUUCUGUACAAUAAUAAUAAAAGUCACUUGCCCUAUGAAGGGUUAAAAUCACCUCGGUUAAACAAAGAGACAAUCCGCAAACACACAAUAUCCCAGAAUUCUUUGGGCGCAAAGGCUGCAUAUGACGUCACAUGGAGUAUAUAUACAGCCGCAGAGAAGAAUUUUGCUCUGCCAUUGUUAAAUUUUAGCAACCGGUGCCGGCCGGGGCGGCGAAACCGGCUCGAAGAACAUCUUCUCGCCCCAAAGUCGGCCACGAUAAUAUUGAAACCGGAACUGCUCGACCAAGCGAAACGACGAAACUCGGCCGUGUGGACCGUUCCCUGCCCUGUGAGUGUGCGAGCGGGGGGACGCAGUUUCCAUGGAGGCAGUUUCGUCCCUCAGCCUGAAACGACGAUAUGAAGAGGUGGACAAUGGCUCUCUCUUUUCUACACCUAAAGACUCUGACGAUGACAUCUCCAGUAGCGACAGUGCCGACAGCUGCGACAGCCUCAACCCUCCCUCCAGGACAGAAUUCACCCCCACGUCUAUCCUCAGACAGCACAAGCUGUCGCCACGAGGCAAGCGGGUGCGUUUCGAUGCGGUGACAGUUUAUUACUUCCCACGGAGGCAGGGUUUUACCAGCGUGCCCAGCCAAGGGGGCAGUUCGCUGGGCAUGGCCCACAACCACUCGUCUAUCCGUCAUUACACGCUGGGCGAGUUUGCUCGGGAGCAAGAGAGCAGUCACCGACACACCUUACGCCAGCACCUGCGGCAGGAGAAGCUCAAUGCACGCAAGCUGACGCUUUAUACAAAUCAGCAAUCCUUGAUCGCAGGUCUUCAGACAGCUCUGACCGAGCCAUUAUGCACAUCAGACAAUGCUUCUCAUCAAGACAAUUAUUACCAGCUGACCCGGAACGGCACGUUAGAGUGUGCCCAAGCAGAACUGCUGACUCUGGACGAUGUGUCGGACGAGGACCUCGACGUGGACGCCGUGGAGGUGGAUGACUGCUUUUUCCUUCAGCCGCUACCCACCAAGCGUCGCAGAGCUCUCCUGCGAGCUUCCGGCAUCGCUCGCAUCGACGCCCGGGAGAAAGCAGAGCUUCGAGCCAUCCGCUUGUCUCGGGAGGAAUGUGGCUGCGACUGUCGUCUGUACUGCGACCCUCGACACUGUGGCUGCAGUCAGGCUGGCAUCAAAUGCCAGGUGGACAGAAUGUCCUUCCCGUGUGGUUGCUCCAGAGAUGGUUGCGGCAACUUAGCGGGCCGUGUCGAGUUUAACCCUCUGCGUGUCCGGACGCACUACCUGCACACCAUCAUGAAGCUGGACCUGGAGAAGAGGAGGGUGCUGCUACAAGUGCCGGGGCAGACUUACACCGAGUCAGAUCACGUGUCGUCCCCGUUCUCUACGUGUUCCUCGUCUCCGGGCCUGGAAGAGAGUGAGGUGCGUGCGUGCGUCUUGGAGGCAGAGGACGACAUCCUUGAGAGGGAAAACGAGACGGCCGUGUUGCACCUACAAAGCGCCGAGGAACAGGAGAGGAGGGCGGAGGAGCCACAGGUGGAGGAGGUUCUCCUGCAGGGGCCUUUCCCAACCGGAACCGCUGUGCUCUGCAUUAACCAAGAAGAGGAAAGUCCAGCUGAUCUUCUCAGAGACUCCGCCCCUCUUCACUACUACCAACUCAGCUCCGCCCUGGAGCUGGCGGAGGAGGAAACUCAAGAAGCCACUGGAGGUGACGAGUGUUCAAGCAACUGUCUCCAAAGUGACCAAUCUAAGCUCCACAAAGAAGGUCGAGAAGAAAACAUGGACGCAGCGGCGUUGACGGACCCGCUUCCGUCUGACGUUUAGCCUGAGCUUCUCUGCAGAUGUUUUGCACAAAUAACGUCAAAGAAGUAAUAACACAUUUCACGUCCUUAUCAGUUGCAAUGGCGUAGGCUGGAGCACAUGGAGAUCAGGAGUAAUAUGUUAUGGUAUAUGCAGUCACAUGACUAUCGUUGUGAAUUGUGUUGGGGGCGGUGAACACAGCCUUAUGCAAAAAAAAAAAAAAAAAAAUGAAGGAG